AUGGAGCUUGAGGUGAUUGAAGCGGAAAUGGUGUUGCCGACUCACUUGAAGUUUAAGAAGAUUCAAAUGUAUGAAAAGUACCCAAAGGGCCAAGCCAGAGCCAGGUGGAAACAUCUCAAGCAGAUUAUUCAAGCUGAGAAUUACCAAAAUUGUCCACCCGACGAGCCAAAUUAUGUUAACAUUGAGUCACCACCAUCAAUGCAUCCAUGCAAAAGAAUCUGUGAUAUCACUGGCUAUGAGGCGCCUUACUUUGAUCCAAGAACGAAGCUACGUUAUGCUAAUGCAGAAGUCUUCAAGACCAUUAGGUCUCUUCCGAAUGAUUAUGUCCAACGAUGUUUGGCCCUUAGAAAUGCUGCUGUCGUCCUUAGAUAA